AGACCCCUAUACUCUUCUAUAUUAUGGAACUUUGCAACUGUUGCCCUCCGCCUCACACCGGCGGUUACCCUCCGCCUCUCUCGCCACCACGAAAAAUUAUCAAGCAAUUCCACGAUGAUACCAUCAACGGCAGCAAUGCUCUCGCCGCUGCCCAUACUCCCCGUCGUCGCUGUCCAAACCCCCCUCACGGGCUGUAGAGUCGCCUUCACUACUCCUCCGGUUUAUGCGACCAGACUUGCCCGCCUACUCCAUCUCCGCGCUGCCACACCCGUCCCCAUCCCAACCGUCGCCGUCGAACCCACACCGCGCACCAUCGCAGCCCUUCGCCGCUUUUUCUCCCCCGAAUCCCUCGAUCGCUUCUCCUCCCUCCUCUUCACCUCCCGCACCGGCAUCACCGCCGUCGACCUAGCCCUAGCGGAUGCUCCAACGCCCCUCGUCGACUCGGACGAGCCCUUCAUUGUUUCAGCACUAGGUCGCGACGUCGAUCUCCUGGACGAGAUUGGACUAAUCCACAAGCUCUGUCGAAACCCUAAUCGGAUUCGUGUGCUGACUCCUGAGGUCGCUUCGCCUUCGGGCCUCGUGGAGGCUAUUGGGGAGGGGUUUGGCCGUAGGGCUCUUUGCCCCGUGCCAGAUGUGAUUGAUUUGGAGGAGCCAUCGGUUGUGCCGGACUUUUUGAAAGGGUUGGAGGCCCGCGGCUGGGCUCCAGUUAGGGUUUCUGCUUACGAGACAAGGUGGGCGGGGUUAGGAUGCGUGGAUGAAUUAAUGCGGGGGAAGUAUGGAGAUUUGGAUGCCAUUGUGUUUACCAGCACGGCAGAGGUGGAGGGCCUGGUGAAAGGUUUGAAGGUGUUGGGGUGGACUUGGGGCGCAUUGAGAGAGAGAUGGCCGGAUAUGGUGGUGGCGGCUCAUGGACCGGUGACUGCAAAGGGGGCGGAGAAGUUUGGGGUCGUUGUUGAUGUGGUUAGCUCUAGUUUUAGUAGCUUUGAUGGAGUUCUUGACGCUCUUGCUCGGAG